AUGGAGCAGAUUGAGAGGGAGAAUGUGAAGAAACAGCAGGUGGCGCUAGUGCACUGUUUUAGUUUGGGAUCUGCUGUUAGAAGGAAGAAGAAGGAGAAAGCAGCAUCUGAUCGUCUUCAGAGACACAAAGAUCUCAGUGUUGAGCUGUUCAUCUGCAGUCUGUCAGAGAAGAGAGGAAAGAUGAGUCUCUCACACAAACAGAGUGUAAGAUCAGACUCACAUGUGUCCAGCUCUGUGUCUGUGAAGAGUGACCAGUCAAAAGGUGAUCCACCGGAGUUCAGUGAGGAAACACCAUCAGAUAUUGAAAGUGUAAGAUCAGACUCACAUGUGUCCAGCUCUGUGUCUGUGAAGAGUGACUGUUCAAAAGGUGCUCCACCGGGAUUCAGUGAAGAAACCCCAUCAGCUACUGAAAGUCUGCAUUAUGAGACAUUAGACUCAGACUUCCAGAUUAACAGGAACCACAAGAAUUUCACAGACAAACUCCUAGGAAUCUUCCAGGAUCUUGAGAAGAAAAUAAUCACAUUUCUAAAAAAUGAGCUGGAAAAGUUUAAGAAUAUAUUACAAAAAGAGAACAUGCAAUACUUUGUGAAGGACUUUAAUGAAAACAGAUGCAGAAUGAAAGAAGCAGCUCUUGAUCUCACGCUCUACUUCCUGAGAGAGAUGAAGCAAGAUGAAGCUGCUGACACUCUAGAAGAUGAGCUGUUCUUCAUUCAUCAGCUAAAGUGUAGCCUAAAGAAGAAGUAUCAAUGUGUGUUUGAAGGAAUUGCAAAGCAAGGUGACUCUACACUUCUGAAGAACAUCUACACAGAUCUCUAUAUCACUCAGGGUUGUAGUGAACAGGUCAAUACUGAACAUGAGGUGAGACAGAUUGAAGUUGCUUCCAGACGUCAUGAAUCACAGGAGAUACAGGUUGAGUGCAAACAUUUGUUUGAAGCACCUGAACAAGAGAAGCAGAUCAGAACUGUACUGACAAAAGGAGUUGCUGGCAUCGGAAAAUCAGUCUCUGUGCAGAAGUUUGUUAUGGAUUGGGCCGAAGGAAAAGAAAAUCAAGAUAUCAGCUUCAUAUUUCCUCUUCCAUUUAGAGAGAUUAACUUAAAGGAGAAAGAAAAACUAAGUUUGAUGGACCUUAUAACUCAGUUUUUCCCAGAGACAAAAGGACUGAACCUUACAAGAAGAAAUCAAUUCAAAGUCUUGUUCAUUCUUGAUGGAUUGGAUGAAUGUCGACUUCCUGUAAACUUUAAGGAUAAUGAGACGUGGUCUGAUGUUUCAUCACCAGCCUCUCUGGAUGUUCUCCUGACGAACCUCAUCAAGGGAAAUCUGCUUCCUUCUGCUCUCAUCUGGAUCACCAGCAGACCAGCAGCUGCCAGUAAGAUUCCUCCUGACUGUAUCGACCGGCUGACAGAGAUACGAGGAUUCAAUGAUGCACAAAAGGAGGAGUACUUCAGAAAAAGAAUCACAGAUGAGAAUCAGGCCAAAGAAAUCAUUGAUCAUGUUAAACAAUCAAAGAGUCUCUUUAUCAUGUGCCACAUCCCAGUCUUCUGCUGGAUUUCAGCUACUGUUCUCCAGAACAUUUUAGAGGAGAAAAGAAAUAAUGUUGUGAAAAACAAUCAGACUGAUGAUGUCUCCAAAACACUGCAGGAGUCAAAUACUGAAGACACUCCUAAGACUCUGACACAAAUGUACACACACUUCCUCAGAUUUCAGAUCCAGCAGAGCAGACGAAAGUAUGAUGGAGAAUAUACCCCCGAUGUUUCCUGGGAUAAAGAUGCCAUCUUUUCACUGGGGAAACUGGCAUUUGAUCAGUUGGAAAGAAACAAUGUGAUCUUCUAUGACACAGAUCUGGAAGCCUGUGGUAUUGACGUCUAUAAGGCAUCAGUGUACUCAGGCAUGUGUACCCAGAUCUUUAAGGAGGAAACAGGGAUCACUCUUGGUACCAUGUACUGCUUCGUUCACUUGAGCAUUCAAGAGUUUAUUGCAGCCCUUUAUGCACAUCUGUUUCUAGACAUGAAGAAGAAAUAUGUGUUUGAUCAAGACUCUACAGAACAGAAAAACAAAAAUUUCCUUCAGUUCCUUCUUGGACAAUCCAAAAAAAACAUAAUUGAUUUGCUCAAGACUGCAGUGGACAAGGCACUAGAGAGUGAUAAUGGACACCUGGAUCUUUUUCUUCGUUUCCUCCUUGGUUUGUCACUCCUGUCCAAUCAGAGACUCUUACAGGGUCUGUUGACACAGAAAAAUAGAAAUGAGCAGAGCAAAAAGGAAAUAGUUCAGUACAUCAAGCAGAAAUUAGAGUCUAAUCUGUCUCCAGAGAGAUCCAUCAAUCUGUUCUACUGUCUGAAUGAACUGAACGACCAAACUCUGGUGAAAGACAUUCAGACCCACCUUAGCAAAGGAAGUCUCUCAUCUGCUGAUCUUUCACCUGCCCAGUGGUCUGCUUUGGUCUUUGUGUUGUUGACAUCAGAGGAGGAGCUGGAGGAGUUUGAGCUUCAGAAAUUCAAGAAAUCAGACGAGUGUCUCAUUAGAUUAUCAGCAGUCAUCAAAACCUGCAAAAGAGCUCUGUAA